AUGGACGGUGCCGAUAAUGGGAAUACGGGGACAGCGGGACCUCCUGCGAAACGCGCUCGGCGGCCGAAUUUUAGUGAACGGGAAAUUGAAGCCCUGGUAGCAGGGUAUCAAGUGAACAAAACUAUCAUCGAUGCCACUGGGAUAACCGAGAGCGUCUUCGCUGUGUCAGGAAUCAAACGGACGACGGCAGAGGUUAAAAAAAAGUGGACGGACUACAAAAGCGCCAACAAGAAAAAAGGGGCAAGCGUUAUUCGCAGUCUCGGAAGGACUGGAGGUGGUGCCGCCGACGUGCCGCCCCUUACACCACUUGAGGAACGAGUGGUUGGCACUUUGGACACCAGCACAGUUGCCGGCAUCGACGGCAGCUUCGACAUUGGGGUAGGAGGACCUAACGUCGUACUCGACUACGACGGCAUGCAGCGCAGGGGCUCCACCUCUUCUACUACUGCAUCAGUUUUGUCUGAGCCCGUUGAAGCACCUGAGGAAGAGGCAAGGGUGCACCAAACAGACACUGCUACGCCUUUGGCUGCACAUCACAGAGGUGCUUCCCGUUCCACGUCGAGGGUCAGCAGCGCAGAGGAUAUUGCACAAACCCAGCGAAAGAUUGAGGGACACCUUGCAGCACUAGUCGACAUAUUGGGCAGGAUUUUAGCCAUCCAAGAGUACAAAUAUGGUGUAAAGACGCUUCCUGCAGGAGCUGCCCAAGUAAACAACAGAAACAUAGAUGAAAAUGUUACAUUGUAA